CGGAGUGCAUCGAUAUCGUAUCUGAGGAAACAACACGUGCCUCAUCGAGAAUCGUAUCUGUGAAUUCUGUGCUUUUGAAAGAAAGCGGUGCGUGAGUUAAGUUCAGUACACCUGGUCCCCUGGUUGUCCUCACAACAUGUUUUAUCUUCAGAUGGUAAUACUAUGCAUGGCAAUGGUGCAAGUGAUAAGUGAUCUACCACCUGGGACAAGACGCAACACGUACCUCCCUCCUGAGCCAACCAAGGGUUACAACUACGAUACUCCUCGAAUACCAUUUUCCAGGCCUACCACCUCAAGACCACCCUUCACAACGACACGUUCCUACAGUAACCACAAACCCACCACAAAGUUUCCAUCCUCAAUACCAACACCUGGUCAAGGUUAUCCUCCUCCAGGCCCCAGACCUACACCAGAGUUCCCUGAUUAUGGGACACCGACCAGGCCUACUGGUAGCACUAUAACCCCUGGCGGUCAUGAUCACCAUCAUCACGAACCAGGCAUGCCGUUCGACUUCAACUACGCGGUGAAGGAGGAUGCGUUUGGCAAUGAUUACUCCCACAACGCCAUAAGCGACGGAGACAUCGUCCGUGGGGAGUACAAAGUUCAGUUGCCUGAUGGAAGGCUACAGAUCGUCCGUUACACCGCCGAUUGGAAGCACGGCUUUAGUGCGCAGGUCUCCUACGAUGGGAAUCCCCGUUUCGACGUUCCUCGACCGCCCGGAAACUUUGCAGGCUAUUAG